AUGGGUAAGGAGGAGCGUUCUCACAUCAACAUCGUCGUUAUCGGCCACGUCGAUUCCGGCAAGUCCACCACCACUGGUCACUUGAUCUACAAGUGCGGUGGUAUCGACUCUCGUACCAUCGAGAAGUUCGAGAAGGAGGCUGCUGAGCUCGGAAAGGGUUCCUUCAAGUACGCCUGGGUUCUUGACAAACUCAAGGCUGAGCGUGAGCGUGGUAUCACCAUCGAUAUCGCUCUCUGGAAGUUCCAGACCGCCAAGUAUGAGGUCACCGUCAUUGAUGCCCCCGGUCACCGUGACUUCAUCAAGAACAUGAUCACUGGUACCUCCCAGGCCGAUUGCGCUAUUCUCAUCAUCGCCUCCGGCACUGGUGAGUUCGAGGCUGGUAUCUCCAAGGAUGGCCAGACCCGUGAGCACGCUCUGCUUGCCUUCACCCUCGGUGUCCGCCAGCUCAUUGUUGCCCUCAACAAGAUGGACACCUGCAAGUGGUCCCAGGACCGCUACAACGAGAUUGUCAAGGAGACCUCCAACUUCAUCAAGAAGGUCGGCUACAACCCCAAGUCCGUUCCCUUCGUCCCCAUCUCCGGCUUCAACGGCGACAACAUGCUCGAGGUUUCCGAGAACUGCCCCUGGUACAAGGGUUGGGAGAAGGAGACCAAGGCUGGCAAGGCCACCGGAAAGACCCUUCUCGAGGCCAUUGACGCCAUUGAGACCCCCGUCCGUCCCUCCAACAAGCCCCUCCGUCUUCCCCUCCAGGAUGUCUACAAGAUCUCCGGUAUUGGCACUGUGCCCGUCGGCCGUGUCGAGACUGGUGUUAUCUCCCCCGGCAUGGUUGUUACCUUCGCUCCCGCCAACGUCACCACUGAGGUGAAGUCCGUCGAGAUGCACCACCAGCAGCUCAAGGAGGGUCUCCCCGGUGACAACGUCGGCUUCAACGUCAAGAACGUCUCCGUCAAGGAGGUUCGCCGUGGUAACGUUGCCGGUGACUCCAAGAACGACCCCCCUGCCGCCGCUGCUUCCUUCAACGCCCAGGUUAUCGUUCUCAACCACCCCGGUCAGGUCGGUGCUGGUUACGCUCCCGUUCUCGACUGCCACACUGCCCACAUUGCUUGCAAGUUCGCUGAGCUUCUUGAGAAGAUCGACCGCCGUACUGGUAAGUCCGUUGAGGACUCUCCCAAGUUCAUCAAGUCCGGUGAUGCCGCCAUCGUCAAGAUGAUUCCCUCCAAGCCCAUGUGUGUUGAGGCUUUCACCGACUACCCCCUCUCGGUCGUUUCGCCGUCCACCGUUGCCGUCGGUGUCAUCAAGUCCGUUGACAAGUCCGCCGGUGGUGCCGGUAAGGUCACCAAGGCCGCCCAGAAGGCUGGCAAGAAAUAA